UGUCCAUACACUAAUAUUCAAAAAUGGAGAGCAGUGAUAUGGACACAGAUAAUGUGACCCCACCCUCAGAAAAGCGUAAACUCCAGAGAAAGAGAUCAGACUCACCAGAACCCAGCUGUGUCUCCAAGAAGAGUGAUGGGUCUAUGGAUCAUCCUUUGUGGUUUAACAAGGGAAACCCCUCAUCUGUCCACAGUAAACUCCAGAUGAAUAGAUCAGGCUCACAAGAAUCCAGCUGUGUCUCCAUGAAGAGUGAUGAGUCGAUGGAUCUUCCUUGGAAAUUUAAAAAUUCCUCAUCUUUUUUUGUUCCCAGUGUUUUACAGAAGGCAGGAGACAGAAGAGAAAAGAUCUUCAUCACAGAUACAGGACACGCCCCAGAAUCUGCUGCUGGAAAUGAAGUCCAGAAAAAGUUCAAAUUAAAUCUGAUGAAGAAGUUUCAGUGUUUAAAUGGAGUGAUGAUAAAGCAGGAAAACCGAGCGCUCCUGAAUGAGAUCUACACAGAGCUCUACAUCACAGAGGGAGACAGUGGAGACGUCAAUAAAGAACAUGAGGUGAGACAGAUCGAGGCAGUGUCCAGGAGAAAAACAACAGAGGAAACACCAAUCAAAUGCAACGACAUCUUUAAGCCCUUAUCUGAAGAAGACGAACCCAUCAGAACUGUAGUGACCAAGGGAGUGGCUGGUAUCGGAAAAACAGUCUCUGUGCAGAAGUUCAUUGUGGACUGGGCUGAAGGGAAAGCAAAUCAGGACGUCCACCUCAUAUUUCCACUUCCUUUCAGAGAGCUGAAUCUGAUGGAGGACCAAAAACUGAGUCUGAUGGAGCUCCUUCAUGUCUGUUUCAAGGAAACCAAAGAAACAGAAAUGUCCAGGUUGGAAAAGGUUCUGUUCAUUUUUGAUGGAUUGGACGAGUGUCGUUUCCCUCUGGAUUUCCAGAACACAGUGAGUGUGUGUGAUGUAACUGAAUCAGCAUCAGUGCAUGUGCUGCUGAUAAACCUGAUCAAAGGGAAUCUGCUUCCCGCUGCUCUCGUCUGGAUCACCUCCCGACCAGCAGCAGCUGAUCAAAUCCCCUCUGAGUACGUCCAUCGAGUCACAGAGGUACGAGGGUUCAAUGACCCACAGAAGGAGGAGUACUUCAGGAAGAGGGUCAGUGAUCAGAGCCUGGCUGAGAACAUCAUCACACACCUGAAGUCAUUAAGAAGCCUCUACAUCAUGUGCCACAUCCCAGUCUUCUGCUGGAUUUCAGCUGCUGUUCUCGAGAGAAUGUUGGGUGAAGCAGACAGUGGAGAGAUCCCCAAGACUCUGACUCAAAUGUACACACACUUCCUCAUCAUUCAGACAAACAUCAUCAGAGGAAAGUACUCAAAGAAGCAGGAGAGUGAUGAAGAAAUGCUUCUCAAACUGGGAAAACUGGCUUUUCAGCAGCUGAAGAAAGGCAACCUGAUCUUCUAUGAGGAAGACCUGAGAGAGUGUGGCAUUGAUGUGACAGAAGCAGCAGUGUACUCAGGUGUGUGUACGCAGAUCUUCAGAGAGGAGGUUGGGCUUCACCAGAGUAAAGUGUACUGCUUUGUUCAUCUGAGUGUUCAGGAGCAUCUCGCAGCUCUGUAUGUUCAUCUGACCUUCACGAAGGAAAAGAGAAAUGUUCUUGAUCAGGAUGAGUUCAGUCAUUUGUAUUUUCGGUCCUUUCAGACAGUUUCAGAUUUACACAGGGGUGCUGUAGAUCAGACCUUAAAAAGUCAGACUGGACAUCUGGAUCUGUUCCUCCGCUUUCUUCUGGGUCUCUCACUGGAGUCCAAUCAGAAACUCUUACGUGCCUUAGUAACACAGACAGGAAGUAGCUCCUGGACAGGAAAGAGGAAAACAGUUCAGUACAUUAAGGAGAAGAUCAGUGAAAAUCUUCCUCCAGAAAAAUCCAUCAAUCUGUUCCACUGUCUGAAUGAACUGGGUGACGAUUCUCUCGUGGAUGAAAUCCAACGCUACUUGAAAUCUGGAAAACAAAGUGAACUCUCUCCUUCACAGUGGUCUGCUCUGGUGUUUGUGUUACUGACUUCAGCACAGGAGCUGGAGGAGUUUGACCUGAGUAAAUAUAUCAGUACAGAGAAGAUAACAGAUUGGGUUCUUGUGAAGGUGAUGCCUGUAAUUGCAGCAUCCAGAAAAGCAAUAAUCGGCUGUGAUACAAUUAAAGGGAGCAGCGCUGAAGCUCUGGUCUCAGUGCUCAACUCAGAAACCUCCAGUCUGAGAGAACUGCAUCUGACUGUGAAGACACUGGAUCUGUCUGGGAAUAAACUAGAAGACUCAGGAGUGAAGCGUCUCUGUGCUGUACUGGAGAAUCCUCACUGUAAAGUGGAGACACUGAGGUUGUGUGGUUGUGGUGUCUCAGAUGAAGGCUGUGCUGCUCUGAGUUCAGCUCUGAGAUCAAACCCCUCACACCUGAGAGACCUGGAUCUGACUGAUAAUAAUCUGGGAGACUCAGGAGUGAAGGGUCUCUGUGCUGUACUGGAGAAUACUCACUGUAAACUGGAGAGAAUGGGGAUCAGUUGUGAUACAAUUAAAGGGAGAAGCGCUGAAGCUCUGGUCUCAGUGUACAACUCAGAAACCUCCAGUCUGAGAGAACUGCAUCUGACUGUGAAGACACUGGAUCUGUCUGGGAAUAAACUAGAAGACUCAGGAGUGAAGCGUCUCUGUGCUCUACUGGAGAAUCCUCACUGUAAAGUGGAGACACUGAAGUUGCGGCGUUGUGGUGUCUCAGAUGAAGGCUGUGCUGCUCUGAGUUCAGCUCUGAGAUCAAACCCCUCAUACCUGAGAGACCUGGAUCUGACUGAUAAUAAUCUGGGAGACUCAGGAGUGAAGCGUCUCUGUGCUGUACUGGAGAAUCCUCACUGUAAACUGGAGACACUGGGGUUGUGUAAGUGUGGUGUCUCAGAUGAAGGCUGUGCUGCUCUGAGUUCAGCUCUGAGAUCAAACCCCUCACACCUGAGAGACCUGAAUCUGACUGAUAAUAAUCUGGGAGACUCAGGAGUGAAGCGUCUCUGUGCUGUACUGGAGAAUCCUCACUGUAAACUGGAGAUACUGAGGUUGUGGGGUUGUGGUGUCUCAGAUAAAGGCUGCGCUGCUCUCGCUUCAGCUCUGAGAUCAAACCCCUCACACCUGAGAGUACUGGGUCUGAUUGGGAAUAAAAUAGGAGACUCGGGAAAGAAGCUGCUCUCUGCUCUUAAGGAUGAUAAACAUUACAACCUACAGACACUCUGGGUGUGAUGAACAUCUGUGUGUGUGAUGAAGACU